AUGCGCGUCCCCUACGCCCCAAGCGAGCCGCCGAAUGAAGAAGCCCGCCCAAUCUACGAGCGCAUCGCCGAGCGACGAAAGCCGCGCCCGCUUAUCCCACUCGACCUUGCGCUCCUGCACAACCCCGCCGUAGCAGACGGCUGGAACUCAUUCAUCGGCGCGAUCCGCACGCAAACCAGUCUACCAGCCAAAUUGAAAGAGCUAGCCAUAAGUCGCAUCGCAGUGCUGAAUCACGCAGUCCACGAGUGGGACGUGCAUGCCGCUCUAGCAUUGAAAGCAGGCGUGUCCAGAGAAGUACUUCAGACUAUCUUUGAUUUACCUGUUACAAAACAUGGGAUGGUGGAGAGGGAGGGGCUGUUGGGGUUCAGCAAGGAGGAGUAUGCGGUUAUGGUUUAUACGGAUCAGAUGACUGUGGGUGUGCAGGUGGAAGAUACGGUUGCGGAGAUGGUAAAGGGCGUGUUGGAGGACACCAUGGUUGUGGAGUUGACGGCAACGGUCGCGGCGUAUAAUGCUCACCCCAAAGCCUUCACACCCCCCUCGCAAUCCGACCUCGACGAGCUCCGCGACUCGGUCCGCGACUUCGCCCAACGCGAGAUCCCCGAAGACGUCGCCGCGCGCACGGACAAACAAAAUGAGUUCCCCAACGAAAUGUGGCAGAAGUUCGGCGAAGCGGGUUUCCUAGGCAUAACCGCAGAUGAGGAGUUCGGCGGACUGGCAAUGGGCUACCAAGCCCAUUGUGUUGUCAUGGAGGAGCUGUCGCGGGCGAGCGGCAGCAUAGGACUGAGUUACGCGGCACACAGCCAGUUGUGCGUCAACCAGUUGAUGUUGAACGGGAAUGCGGAGCAGAAGAAGAAGUACCUGCCUGGUUUGAUCAGUGGGGAGAAGAUUGGUGGGCUGGCUAUGAGCGAGCAUAGUGCCGGGAGUGAUGUUGUUAGUAUGAAGAGUACGGCGAAGGAGGUGGAUGGCGGGUAUUUGCUUAAUGGCACGAAGAUGUGGAUUACAAACGGCCCGGACGCACACGUGAUAGUCGUCUACGCCAAAACCGAACCCAACGCCGCCUCCAAAGGCAUCACAGCCUUCAUCCUCGAGACCUCUACCCCUGGCUUCAGCGUCGCGAACAAACUAGACAAGCUGGGUAUGCGUGGCUCCAACACCGGCGAACUCGUCUUCGAGAACGUCUUCGUCCCCAAGGAAAACGUCCUCGGCGAGAUCAACCGCGGCGUCCGCGUCUUGAUGGAGGGCCUGGAUCUAGAGCGCCUGGUUCUGUCGGCGGGACCGCUGGGUCUCAUGCAGGCGUCUCUUGACAACGUCCUUCCUUACACACACCAGCGGAAGCAGUUUGGUACGCCGAUCGCGCAUAAUCAGCUUGUGCAGGGGAAGCUGGCGGAUAUGUACACGAAAUACCGGGCUAGUCAAGCUUUCACAUACAGUGUCGCCCGCGCUGUGGAUGAGUCGCAUGCUAGUCCCGAUAUCAAGACACAAGACUGCGCAGGCGCCAUCCUGUAUGCGGCAGAGAGGGCGAGCGAGGUCGCGGCUGAUGCCGUGCAGUUGAUGGGCGGCAUGGGAUACAUGAACGAAGUGCCCGUUGGUAGAAUACUUAGGGAUGCCAAGUUGUAUGAGAUUGGUGCUGGAACGAGUGAGCGCGUCACGGUCAAAUGUCUGGAAGCAAUAUCAGACAAAGAGAAGAAGGACGCCAAGGACGAGAUUCAUAUGAACCAGAUAAUUAGAAACCAGGUUUUAGAAGGACAUCUGUACAACAUAUACACGUCGUUUGCUGAACUGGGGACUCUCGCACGCAUCCACGACGGGCAUAAGAAAGAAGAGAGACCUGUGCCCGAGCACUUCAUUUGGUACUUUCUCAGCCAAGUGACUGAGGCACUACUGGCGUUGCGGGAUGGUACCUGCUCAUCACCGAAUGCAGCACCCGAAGACCAAGAAGAGACCUGGCGGGCAAUUGUGCACUCCGAUAUCAAGGAUGCGAACAUAUUCCUGCAGGCCGCUAAUACCAAGUAUCCUGCAUAUCCGAACAUUGUUGUUUCUGAUUUUGACAUUGCCUGUGAUAAGGGUACAGACGAGAGAAGAUACGACGGUACGCCUGGCAUGCAGCCCCCAGAACGAGAGCAUUCCGCGCUCAAGGAAUUGGAUUGGUUCCCGGAAAGAUGGACUGUCUCGGAGAAGUCGGAUAUAUGGAGUCUAGCCAUGACAGCCUGGGCGCUUAUGGUCGCUCAUAAUGAAGGUACUGACUUCUACGACGAAGCCCAUGAGAGAUGCAAAACUUGGGUGUAUAAUGAUGAAUUCAAGAAAGGAAAUGUCAGCCAGAAGGAAGGGAUCUUUCCAAGACGUCUGAGCGAGCUUCCCAAAGAAUACAGUGUCGGUCUGUGCGAGAUCGUCUCGGAAUGUCUGCGAUAUGACCCGGAUGGUCGUCCAAGUCUAGAGAAAUUGCGAAAAGUCAUCGAUGAUCAAUUGGCCAGAUUGGACCGCAUGUACGGCGAUGAGAUAAAGAAGCCAGAAGGCACCAUUGUCGACGACUCCAAACUCGCGUAUACCCCAGAAGAGAGCGAUACUUGGGCACAGUUUGCUCUCGGUCAGACCGUUGAACCACCACGGAAACGGCGCAAGACGGACGACGCUGGCGCCUUUAAAGAUGAGUUGGCAAAGGUCAUCAACGAUUGGAAAUCCAAAUCCAGAUAUCCCGUAUCAGGCGCAGCAGACCGCGAUGCUCUAAGUUCGGUUGACCAGAUCAUCAACGACUGGAAACCCGAGUCUAUAGUGAGAUUCCGAGCAAAUUUGCCCCAACUACACGCUUGGCGCUACCUUUUCACCUGUAUUCGCAAACGUACAUCCCCAAUAGCAUACGUCUAUAGGUACGACAAUGACAACGAGGAAGAUCCAUCGGAGACGCUCAAGCACGAUAACAAAAGGGCAGUGCUUGAAACACUGCGCGAUGUGGUUGUGCCCAUCGCCAAAAAUGUUGCUAGGACAGUCGCUAGUGAAGCAGCAGAGAAGAAUGGAGAGGAAGCCACACAUGCGGAAAUUGAAGGUACUCCUGAGAUGAUAAGUCUUGACACAUUACGGCAUGCGAUAGAGUGGGGUUUGGUGCUUUUGAAUGUUGGUGCGGAGCCGAGAACUCCGAGAUUGAGUGAGAAGACAGAGAUGCAUCGUGGCAUGCUUGACUUUCUCUUCAAGGAACCUUCUGGUGUGUACGACUAUGAUCCAAAUUACUAA